GUCAUAUCUUACAAAGAGAUUGGAAGAUCAGGAUAGGGGGAGAGAGAAUCAAUGAACCUGCCCGUUGGCGUUGCGAUUGCGCGGGAGAUUCCACUAGAUUUCCGGCGAGAAACUGGUGGAGCAAUAGCAGUCGCUACUAAGAGAGUCAGUGAGGACGGCGACGGCUGUGGGGUACGACGCCGUCGUGCUUCACUAAGAAUGGUGGACAGGCAGCUAGCCAAGGGCAACUUCAAAUUGGCCCUUUCUUUAGUAAAACAGUUGCAGCGACUACCUCCUCCUGCUGGUCUCCGAGGCUUUGCUGCUGCCAGACAGGUACCCCGAAGAGUGUUGUCAGUAGAGGAAUUGGAUCUCAGUGUGACAGAAAAAUCUGCUCUUCAAUCAUUACAUGAUUCCAUCCUUGAUUCAAUCAAGAUUAGCCUUCAAUCAUCACCAUUGGAUGAGAUUUCUGCAACUUGUAAGGACAAUGAUUUAAACCUUGAAGAUGAUAUAAUCCAACACAAACAAGUAGUGCAGCAUGAAGCAGGUCAUUUUUUAAUUGGCUAUAUGCUUGGUGUUUUACCAAAAACAUACAAAUUUUCAAUCAUGGAAGAUGUGAAGCAAGAUGAAGUUGUUGAUGCGAGUGUCAAGUUUGUUGGCUUUGAGUUUUUGAGAGAGUUAGAAGAUGAACAACCAUCAAAGAAAACGUUGCAUGAUGUGAAGCCAAGUCAUCGGGCCAAUAAACGCAAGUUGUCUUCCACGGUAUUAAGCAAGUUCUUAUGUGUGAUUGUUGGAGGCUUAGUAGCAGAGCAUCUUAUAUAUGGAUACUCGAAAGGACAUCACGGUGACGUGGAGAAAAUGAGAGCUCAAGCCUUGUGAGUCCCUCCCACGUUAUUCCACCUUUUCAGUUGGGCAUGGUGCUUAAAUGGUUGCAAUUCACUGAAGAUGAAGCAGAUGCUCUGAUCAGAUGGAGUGUACUGAACACGCUCGUGAUAUUGCAUCAUCAUAGUGAAGCUAGAUUAGCGUUAGUGGAGGCCAUGACACGUGGAAGAUCAAUUGGAAAUUGCAUUGAUGUGAUAGAAACCACUCUAAACUAUCAAGACGUCUAAACAUCUCACAUCUUCACCAUCAUCAUGUUCAAGAUUAUUUGACCUAACCUCGACUGACAAUUUUACACCAUCUGGGAAUCCUCAAUUUGUUAUUGUUAAAACCUUUGGUAUAGGUAUAUUGUUCCGUAUAUAGCAU